GGGGUGACUUGAGAGGAGGAGCGGCAAUGUGAAAGAGAGCACGCUUCAUUAGGACUACAUGUGGCUGGAGCAGACGGCUGGGCAGAGAGAGAGAGGAGCGCCGCCACAUGCAGCGUGUCUGGAUCAGAUGAGCGGGGGUCACCCAGGAUUCCCUUGAAACUGCUCUCCGCGGGGAAACAAAUAGGAUUAGAUGACAAAGAUUUCAUUCCAGGCUCGUUUACUGGGGUAAAAUCAAGGAUAUCGCUUCCUCUGCUGCUGCUCCAUCUGCUUUUACAGAAGCGCACACUCAGUCACCGAAUUUUUUGCCUUUUCAUUUCUCGUCUUUUGUCAAGAUGCCGAAAUGGGGGAAGAAAAGUGAACUAGAUUCUGCCAGGAACAGACCGAAAGAACAAGAUGCGAAAUAGGAACCAGUAAGACCCAUGGCUGGAUUCAUUUUGUAGCGAUUUUCGUUUUCCAGUUUUAUUAUUGUUUGCUUAAACUCCAAGGAGAGAGAAAAUAAAUAAAUGUAUUCCGUUCUAUUUUGUUAUAUUGGAUUUUAGAUUACCAUCUGGUCGGUGGACACAAGAACACAGAGUUGAGUUCAACAGGCUGGUGAAAGUUUUACGUGCCAUUUCUGACAAACCGUCUUUGUUUUAUAGUUGACUUUCAGAAAGCUGAUGCCAGGCUAUGCAUUGAACCCAAAGGCCAAUUCACAGUCUGCCUUUUGGAUACACGCCCCGAUUUUCGCUGUUAUUAUCCAACACAAAGAAGGUGAACUUUACGCAUCGUGAUUUUCCCAAUCGUCACCUGCUUGAUAUUUUCCUGAAAAUAUCAGGGACUGUAGCCGACGGUUUGUCAAAACUCCGGAGAGCGAGGCUCUAUGAAGAUCGCGACACGGUUGUUGCUUUCCCUUCGCAGAAAUGCCAGUGCGCGCCGUGACCACCAGGUUCAUGUACAAGGGGCUUUGCACUAUCCCAGAUGUCCUCUCUUACCGGACCCCAGUUCACCUGCCCGAGGACGAGGUGGAAGAGAUUCGGGAGGCUUUCAAGGUAUUUGACAGAGAUGGAAACGGCUAUAUCUCAAAGCAGGAGUUGGGAAUGGCCAUGCGCUCGCUGGGCUACAUGCCGAAUGAGGUGGAGCUGGAGGUUAUCAUCCAAAGACUUGACAUGGAUGGUGACGGCCAGGUUGGCUUUGAGGAAUUUGUCACAUUGCUUGGUCCUAAGCUCUCUGCUGCAGGAAUGCCUGAUAAGUUCCACGGCGCAGACUUUGACUCUGUGUUUUGGAAGUGCGACAUGCAAAAACUGACAGUAGAUGAGCUGAAAAGACUCCUGUACGACACUUUCCGUGACCAUCUCACCAUGAAAGACAUUGAGAACAUCAUCAUGACUGAGGAAAACCACCUGAACAGUCCAGAGUCUCACGUAGACAUUGACACAAGCCCAACGCAGCAGGAAAAACACACAUGUGUGCGUAAAAGCCUGAUUUGUGCCUUCGCGAUUGCAUUCAUCAUCAGCGUCAUGCUCAUUGCAGCAAAUCAAAUGCUCCGCAGAGGAAUGAAGUAAAUUAAUGCUGCCAGCAGGACAAAAAGGGAUCCUAUGUUGGGGGAAAAGAAAACCAUUAACCAAAAAAUGCUCUCAUUUUCUGUUUUACAUCAUAGUUGAAAUAAUGCUUUCACAGCCUUUCUCUACAGCAUUAAGGAUCAAAUGAUGUCACACAGUGGUUGUAAAAGACCGCUUCUCACAGCUUACCAAGAUGAAAACGAGAAAUGAACUACAAGGGCUGAUUAGUGUUACCAACAUGCUUGGAAAAGAAAUUAGAGCAGAAAUCAGAAUGUAGCUUUAAUACUCUGGAGCUGAAGCGUAGCUGUGGUGCAUAAAAUCCUUCAGUUCUGUAGUGAAGCAUCUGUCCAUCUGGAAUGCACCAAAUAACCAAGUACCAAUGAUAGUAAUAAAGCAAUAAUAAUGUGAACCACAUAUUGUUUCAUUUUAGGUUACAGUAAACCCAGAUUCCACUGCACAUUGAUUGGUACCACUGGUUUAAUGUUUUUGUAUUUUUUUUGUCUUACAAAUUUCAAUAUCUAGGUAAAUUUAAUUUCCAUCACUCUAAAUAUGACUUCAUACACAGGUAUAAAGCUUAUCAAGGUACACGUAAUCCUUAGUAUUGGAAAAAUGGGAAAACAUGCCAGUUAAGUUAGAAAGAUGUGUGUUUUAGGUUAGGUAAUGGUUUUUUAGUCUCCAGACCUUCUGGGUGUUGUGGUUUCUUUAUGAGCUCUAUUCAAUUCAGGUCAGCCGACAGGUUUUCUAGACUUUACAGUAAGUCUGGACACUGAGAUUAUGGUUGGUUUAAUGUCUGGUGAACCACUUUCACAUCUAUUUAGGGUUGUUUUUUCACUACUAUCUUCCUGAAAUCCAGAUUUUUGUUUAAAACAAUCCAGUAUUUCAUACAGGUUGAAUUAACCUUAUUUGUCAGAAUUCCAGUUGUUUUAAGCAUUUUGGUUGCCAAGUUUGUUUUUUUCUACCAACUAUUUUCUUACUUAUGAAACACAUCUGCUUGAAUGGCAUGUCUUCUUAUACUUCCUAUUUUGGCAAAUGAGUUUGUUAUUUGUACUCCAAAGAAUAUAAGGUUAUCAGAUAUUCUGAUCAAUUGAAUAAGUAUAAAUUAAUAAAUGAUUUUAUCAGAUUUAUUUGUGGGAACUGUCAGAGGUGUGGCAAUUGGUGUAGCAAAUACCUGUAAAUUUGAGAUAUUAUUCCCACCAGGGAAUAAAUACAUAAUAAAAAGCUACAUUUUUAUAAGGUUUUCAGUGUUAGAUUAUGAUAUUGCAAUAAAAAAAAAUUAUUUACUUUAAGGCCUUUCACAUCUCUUGAACUGGGAUGCCAGUAGGUUUUGAGGGUACUGCUAAAACUUCACAUCCCAGACAAGUGUUGAUCUCUUAUCCAUCGCACAAAUCAAGAGAUUUUAUGCUCACAACCUGCCUUCAAUUCAUUCAAAUCCCAGUUUGCACAUUUCAAAUCUGUGCAUUUAUACCACACUUUCAAAAUGAGCAUCAGCAAAGACAAUUUAGCCGCAGAGUGACCCAUUUACAAUAAAUAGAACCGUGUUUAGAACAUGUAUUACCUGUAAUAUUUAUAGCAAAUGAAUAUGAUGUAUUCUAUGCGGCACACUUGCAUGUCAAGAAAUAAAUGUGUGUUGUACGUGGGUGGUAUAGAUCUUUGAGGUAUAUGUUCAAAUACUUAUGCAAUUUGUUAAGUGAUAAUUGCAAAAAAAUUGUGACAUUUUCUUGUAAAUGUCAUUUUUGUCAAUGUGCAAACAAUAUCAAAAUACUAAAUUCUUUGCAGUAUGCUGUGAACAAUGAUUUUACAUAUCAUGGGGGGAAAAGUUGUUUUCUGGCUUUUACAUAGAGUACUUAGACAACAUACUAUUUAAUUAUAUGACAUCAUUAUAUUUUCUUAUACUUGAAUGAAGUAUACAUUAAAUCGAUGUUAUUUUGUUAUUGAUAUAUGCAUAAAGUUUUUUAAAAACAUAUAAAAAAUGCACAAAAAAAUGAUGUGUCUGGACAUUCAGAUACAAGUUCUGUAUAUUGAGGCCAUGCACUUACAUUAGCUUUUAAGAUUUGUUAACUUUUAAGGUUUUCUUCAGAUUUUACUAAACAAUUCUUAUUUAUUUCUUAAGUCAGUUCAGUUUCUCAAAGCUCUACCACGAAGUGAACAGCAUGGGUAGGUGAGAAUCACUCUGGCAAUUAGAUAUAUAUUUUAUCCAAUCUAGCAGUUUGGUGCAAAAAAAAAAAAAAGAUUUAUGACAUUGCUUUACCUCUUCAUGUGAACAUAUCAUGUAAAAAUGAGUGUUGUGUGGAUAUAAAAUAUAGCCACCGUGCCAAAUAUUGUCCAGUGAUGCACUGUAUUAACAAAUAUUGUCCUGUUUUAUGUGUUGGUGUACUAAUGAGAGGAUUACUUUGUUAACAGGUUGUCCUAUUUGUUGUAAUUGUAACUGGAUUUUGUCAUUCUAGAAACAAACCAUGUUCCACUGAAGCAAUGUCACUCCAAAAACUCCUACAAAGAUAUUGAGUCUACUUGGUGAAAAAUGAUUCAGACUUUUGAAAGGAUUUCUGAACAGCUAACUAAAGUAAUUAUUUUAGGUCAAAGCAUUGUGCCAUCCAACUGUGAUACAUUGACUAUGAUUUUUUACAAUAUAAAUAAAUAUCUGCUGUUUUAUUUUAUUUUGCCUCUGUAAAGAUCACUGCAUCAAUUUUUACACUAUUGUAAGUGUUGUCAAGAUGCAUGUAGUCCAAUAAAAACAAGUGCAAUAAUAAAAAUCUUG